AUGAGGGAAAUCGUACAUUUGCAAGCAGGACAAUGCGGAAACCAAGUUGGUGCUAAGUUUUGGGAAGUAAUUUCUGCCGAGCAUGGAAUCGAUCCUACCGGAAUAUACACAGGAGAUAGCGACUUGCAAUUGGAACGAAUCAAUGUCUACUACAAUGAAGCGUCAGUUGCUUCUUCGACAAAUGGAGGUAAAUACGUCCCUAGAGCCAUCCUGUUGGAUUUGGAACCCGGUACUAUGGACGCAGUGCGUUCUGGAAUCUACGGCAAACUAUUCAGACCCGAUAACUUCGUAUUCGGCCAAUCCGGAGCUGGUAACAAUUGGGCCAAAGGUCACUACACAGAAGGCGCUGAACUAGUAGACGCUGUCCUGGAUGUCGUACGAAAGGAAGCCGAAAACUGUGACUGUCUUCAAGGAUUCCAACUGACACACUCGCUAGGAGGUGGAACCGGAUCUGGAAUGGGUACUUUGUUGAUUUCAAAGAUCAGAGAAGAGUAUCCUGAUAGGAUUAUGAACACUUAUUCAGUUAUGCCCAGCCCUAAAGUAUCUGACACUGUUGUGGAACCUUAUAAUGCUACUUUAUCGGUUCAUCAACUUGUAGAAAAUACCGAUGAAACGUACUGUAUAGAUAAUGAAGCUCUUUAUGACAUUUGCUUUAGAACAUUAAAAGUACCAAACCCAAGCUAUGGCGACUUAAACCACUUAGUUUCAUUGACAAUGUCCGGAGUAACCACGUGCCUUAGAUUCCCAGGUCAAUUGAACGCUGAUCUUAGAAAACUGGCUGUAAACAUGGUGCCUUUCCCUCGCCUUCACUUCUUUAUGCCUGGAUUUGCCCCCUUGACCUCCAGAGGUAAUCAACAAUACAGAGCACUUACAGUUCCAGAGCUGACACAGCAAAUGUUCGAUUCCAAGAAUAUGAUGGCUGCAUGUGAUCCAAGGCAUGGUAGAUAUCUAACGGUUGCUGCAGUAUUUAGAGGUAGAAUGUCAAUGAAAGAAGUAGACGAACAAAUGUUAGCAGUCCAGAACAAAAACAGUAGCUACUUCGUGGAAUGGAUCCCUAACAACGUCAAGACUGCCGUGUGCGAUAUUCCUCCCGUUGGACUAAAAAUGUCUUCAACCUUCAUUGGAAAUACGACUGCUAUUCAAGAACUUUUUAAGCGAAUUUCAGAACAGUUUGCCGCUAUGUUUAGAAGAAAGGCUUUCUUGCAUUGGUACACUGGCGAAGGCAUGGACGAAAUGGAAUUCACUGAAGCAGAAUCCAACAUGAACGAUUUGGUGUCUGAGUACCAACAAUACCAAGAAGCUACCGCCGAUGAUGAAUACGAAGCUGAAGAGGAACCUGCUGCCGAUGACUUCAAUUGUUGA